AUGAUGGACAAUGCUUCCCUAAAUCCCCGCACUGUCUUCCCACAGGGCCCCAGCUUUACCCUGGAAGACUUCUCGAGUCGGGACUUCAUUGUCAAGGAGUUCAUCGAGGCCCUCUCCGACACGGCCACCUCCACGCGCCGCUCGAUCACCAAUACGGGCAACCAAACAUUCGACCCCAAACCCCUCAUCCGGACCUUUGAAAGCGCCCAACGCCGACUGAGCGAACUCUCCGGCGAUCUCGAGCUCCGCGAAAAUGAAUUGUCCGCUGCGGUCCGCCGCGCCGAAGCGCAACACGGCCAGAACCUCACGACACUCGGGCAGAAACUACGACACGCUAUCGAAUCGUUCCAACAGCUGGACACGUCCUUGAACGGGCGUGAUGCCGGGGGAACGGGAAAUAUGGCAGUGGAAACAGGAAGGAGAUUAGAAGAGCUGGACCGACAGCGACGACGAGCGCUGGAUGCACAUUUCCUGAUUCAAUGUUGGGAUGGCGUGUCGAACCGCGGCGAUCUGUCAUUACUGGAGGGGCUACGGAGGUCGGGAACCGGGGAGGCCAAGGUUCGUUCGGCGCACAUUGCGCGACAGUUGUUGCGGAUCAGUCAGCGAUUGGAUGCGCAGAGCUGGCAGCAGAAUCCCUCGAAUGGGUAUGGGAGCUCGUCGGAGGAUCUGAGUGAGAGUAAUUCCCCGCGACGAAAUACGAGGGAGAUCAUCGAGAAGUUUUCGGAGACGUUGGAGAAGGACUUGUUAAAGCAGUUUGAUGAUUUCUAUCGCAAGGCCAACUUCGAUGGAAUGAGGGACUGUGCCACGGUAUUACAAGAUUUCAACGGUGGAGCCAGUGUCAUUGCCCUCUUCGUCAACCAGCAUCAGUUCUUCAUUGAUCGCAGCCAGUUGGUGACGGAGGAAAUCGCUGGAGAUCCGGAGUCGUGGGAGAAACUGGCCGAUCCGGACGCCGAGCUGCCGGGGGUUGAGCCCAGUCUGCAGUCGUUGGUGGACGAAGUGAAGGUGGUUGUGCAGGAAGAGUCUGCCAUCAUUCGCCGGGCAUUCCCUUACUACGAGCAAGUCUUGGGCAAGUUCUUGCAGCGAGUCUUCCAGCAAUCGAUCCAGCAACGACUGGAGAUGGUCCUCGAGAAAGCGUCCGGGGCAUCAUCCCUAGCGUUUCUCCGUUGUUUACAGAGCUCCCGGGGCUAUAUCAGUGCCCUGAUUGAAGAUCUCAAACAACAUGGAUUGACUGAGCACCCUGACCCUGUUUCAUCCCACACAGCCGUGCUGCUCGACCAACAACUAGAGGAGCUGUUUGUUCCUUACUUUGUCGGAUCGUCCUACAUCGAGCGCGAGAAGAGAACAUUGGAAGAACUUUUCCAAGCAGUCCUCUUCCGAUUCACAUCCUACCAUGCCCGCCGCAAGAAGGCCGCCACAACCUUUAUGGCCUCCAUUCGAGCCGGAUCCGAACUUCUCUCAACGACCCGGGAUUCUUUUAUCAACCGUCUGGACUCACCAGAAGUGUCACCGGUGCAGCGCAGAGUCCUGCUCAGCGUGGCCAAGAUUGGUGAUACUUUAGAGACUACACGGUUGACAGAGAUCAAGCUCACGGAAGAAAAUGGACAGCCAAACAUGAGUGAUGCCAAGCGAAUGCUCAAAUGGCUCGCUGAGGCCGUGGGGCGUGGUCUGGAACUCAGUGUCAACAGUGAUACCCCCAAAGAUGUAUCUGCUAUGCUGAACCUGCUCCUCGUCACCAUGGGAGAUGGAUACGUGGAUGUCUGUCUGGAUGCCGCUCUGGAGGCAGCUACUACACAGGAGUCUGGUAAAUCCGAACCCGACUUCUCAUAUCUCCUUUCGGUGCGAACCACGAUCAGCAUUACCACGCUGAUGGUAAUGUGUGUGCAUGCAGUCCUUCUCCCCCUGUCCACUGGCAGCAUCACCACACGCCGGGAUAUGGAGAAACGCACGACGCAAACGACCUCACGCAUCGAAGACAAAAUCAACACCAUUGAGCAGAAGACCAUCGAUGCCACAUUAACAUGGGUCAGCAAACUCCUCUCUGGACAAAAGAAGAACGAUUUUAGACCCCGGGAAAGUGACAGCACAGCUUGGCUUGAAAUGCUGCAAACACCGACAUGCACGUCGAUCACAACUUUCCUGACCCGCCUCCACAACAUCGCCCAAACAUCCCUCCCAUCUAGCGGUGUCAACAUCCGCCAAGUACUUACCGAAAUCGCCCUCGGCACGCGGCGCUUGUUACUCGAGCAUUUCAAACGUUUCGCCGUCAGCGGUCCUGGAGGUCUCAUGGUGACUAAAGAUAUGACCCAGUAUGCAGACCUGUUCAAAUCAUGGGACAUCGACGAUGAAGCCAAGGGCCCUGGUGGCGCGCUGGACGUGUUACUGGAAGUGGGCAGUUUAUUCGUGAUCGGUGUCGAGGCUCUGAGGGAACGAAUUCGGGGUGGUGCUGCCAGCGGGACUACAGGUGGCUCGGCGAGGAAUGCCAGCCAGGAAGGCAAAUUGAGUGUUCAGGAAGUGAGGGCUUAUGUCUCCAGGCGGGAAGACUCGAAUACACUUGCGAUGCAGCAAGUUCUUAAUGCUCUCUAA